AGCAACUGCAGCUGAGCUGUCUUUUCAAUUCCUUCGCUGUGCUCCGUAAUUUCUCCGUGCAUCACUCACCUAUUCGAAUCAGCCCCGACCGGCAACAACAAACUCUUACUACAACCCUCCUCAAGCGGAAAACGCCAACAUGUUCGACCGCAAGACCAGACACAACGUCUCCUGCACUGCCAUGGACUUCAGCUCACAAGACGCCGACGCUGAUGCCGCUGUCGCGAAUCUCGGCCGACUCCGAUCUACCCACGGUCUUCGGGCGGCCUUGACUCUCGUGGGACUCUGCGCGAGCAUCAUGGUCUCGGGCAUGUCGGCGAAAACCCUUUCGGUGUACCACGCCACGUACGAGCCGGCAGAGUAUCUCCAGCCGCUCUGGCCAGACGACCUCGACCUGCGACCGACAUAUGCAUUCAUAGUUGGGGGCGUCAUCAUCACCAUUGCGAGUGCCAUUUCCGUCCUCGCGGACAGGAUGAGCUUUGUGCGCAAGAGUCUCCUCCUCAGGACGCCGCUCCUGGUCCUCGCCCCGCUAGCGGCCCUCGUGGCCUCCCUGACCGUCAUGGCCUUUUUCUACGGCGUCGGAGUGUCGGACAAGGCGGACACGGUGCAGAGCUGGAGUUGCCGGUGGGAGGACAGGUUCAUGACGGCGAGACCGCACUUUGGGACGCUCUGCAGGCAGAGCCUCGCGGCGCUGUACCUUGCCGCGCUUCUAGUGCCGAUCGAGGCGGCCAUCCUGACUUUGACGGCGUAUCAGGCCGUGCUAGAGAGGAAUGUACGAGUACACACUCCUAUAGCGGUCGGAAAGGUCGAACCGCGAUAGGAAGAACGACAAAUGAAAUCUGCGUGUUGUCUUGACGCUUGGAUCGUUAGAAGGAGAGCGCGUCAAGGAAUGAAUGAAUGUACACUACGGGGUCCUGGGGAGAGGACCGUAAAUUUAUACCAUGUACAACUCUGUUUGCUUAUGUAAUUGAAAGUCAUAUAUACCUUGAGCUAAGGUACACGUCACGCACCGCGACGCAUGACCAGCC